AUGACGGUCACCGAAAACGAAGCUCUGCUGGCCGCCCUCGCAAAGGCAGAAGCAGACUAUGUCGCCGCGAACCCGCGCUCUCUCGACGCGUUCAAGACAGCCUCGACCAACCUCCCCGGCGGCGGCACGCGGGCGACGCUCGCUGCCUCUCCCUUCCCUCUCUACGUCUCCUCAGCGCAGGGUGGCAAGCUCACCACCGUAGAUGGGCGGGACGUCUCCGACUACACGUCCGGCAUCUACGGACACUCACACCCCGUGCUCCUGCAGGCGAUUUCGGAAGCGCUCAAGAAUGGACUGCAGCUCGGCGCACAUGGGCAGAAUGAGGCAAGACUGGCCGCGGGCCUCUGUUCGAGGUUCCCGUCCAUGGACAAGGUCCGCUUCGCCAACUCGGGCACUGAAGCGAAUAUGCUCGCACUGUCUGCUGCGCUGCGGUACACGGGGAGGAAGAAGGUGCUUGUGUUCGAGAAAGCAUACCAUGGCUCUCUGCUCAGCUUUGGCGAGAGGGAGGCAAAGACCAGCCUUCGUGCACCCUUUUACAACAACCCUGCCUCUGUCGAUGAGGCCGUGAAGGGCAACGAGGAUGCAAUCGGCGCCAUCAUCGUAGAGCCCAUGCUCGGCGCAGGCGGUGGUCACCUCCGUGAAGUCGCCACGCGCAUAGGCGCCGUCCUAAUCUUCGACGAGGUGCAGACCUCGCGUCUCUCGAUCGGCGGCCGCCAGCUCCUACUCGGCAUCACGCCCGACAUGACCACGAUCGGAAAGUACUACGGCGGCGGCUUCGCCUUCGGUGCUUUCGGCGGCAAGGCGGCCAUUAUGGACAUCCGACCGGGCGCUAUAGGGCACGGGGGCACGUUCAACAACUCGCCACUGACCAUGGCGGCCGGCGCCGCGGCACUGGAACACAUCCUGACGCCUGAGGCUCUGAAGGAGCUGAAUGAGCUAGGCGACUACCUCCGCGACAAGGUCAAUGGGGACUGCGAGAAGGGGGGUCCCAACUUGAGGCUGACGGGCUUGGGGAGCGUGAACUGUAUCAAGGGACCUAGCUCGCCAGAGGCCAAGCGGCUCAUAUAUUUUGGCCUGAUUGAGCGUGGAUUCUGGGCUGACCAGAGGGGAACAGUUGUUCUCAACUUGACCACGACGAAGGAAGACGUGGACGCCUUCGUAGCCGCGCUUGUAGAGGUUGCUGAGCACGUUCAGAAGGUGGGCGGGCUUGCGUAG